GACUUCGCAGAGCCCUUAUUAAUGCAAGAUGCUGCCACUCUUCACUUGGCAUUUUUAUAACGUGGCAGUGUCUUAUUAAGCUAUUGCCAAUUUAAUCUCUGUAAGAGGUUAGAUGCUUAAAUAUUUUUGGUGACUGGUGAUUUGGGUUUUAGAGAAGAAACAGUACCAAGAAAUACCUGGAUCUGACUCUGCCAUCCGACACAGAAAUCCUGUUGAAAGACAGAGCAAUGAAACAUACCACAGAACAAACACGACCAGGCUUUGUCCUGGCAGACUACGUUGUCUUUGCUGCCAUGCUGCUCGUUUCCAUGGGAAUAGGGCUGUUCCAAGCCCUGAAGAAAAGAACAGGUGAUGCCAAGGUGGAUGACUUCUUCAUCGGUGGCAGAAGCAUACCGGCUGUCCCCGUUGGAUUGUCACUGUGUGCUAGCUUCAUGUCAGCUGUCCAGGUCUUGGGAGUUCCAGCCGAGGCCUCCCUCUAUGGGUUUAAAUUCCUCUACAUGUGUCUCGGACAGUCCGUCAACUCCUGCCUGACUGCAUACCUGUUUUUGCCGGUGUUCUACCGCCUGGGUAUCACCAGCACCAAUCAGUACCUCAAGAUGAGAUUUGGCAGAGGAAUGCAGCUGCUUGGAAGUGUCCAGUUUCUAGUCUCAACACUUCUUUACACAGGAAUAGUGAUAUAUGCUCCAGCCUUAAUCCUGAAUCAAGCCACUGGGGUCAACAUGUGGGCAUCCCUCUUCUCAACAGGCUUCAUUUGUACCAUUUACACUACAUUGGGGGGCAUGAAAGCAGUAAUCUGGACAGACGUGUUCCAGAUCCUGGUCAUGCUCACAGGCUUUGUCUUGAUUUUCAUCCGAGGCACUUUUCUAGUUGGCGGGCCAGCAAUGGUUUUGGAGAUUGCCAGCAAUGGAUCACGGCUGAACUUUAACGACUUUGACUUGGACCCAAGGAGGCGAUACACGUUUUGGAGCUUCAGUGUUGGUGGCACACUGGUGUGGCUAUCCAUGUAUGGGGUGAACCAAGCCCAGGUGCAGCGCUACAUCUCCUGCAGAACAGAGCGCAUGGCCCAGUUGGCAUUAUUUGUCAACCAGGUGGGCUUGUGUCUGAUCGUGGGCAGUGCAGUCACCUGUGGCAUUGUCAUGUUUGCCUUGUACUCCCAAUGUGACCCUUUGAAGUCUGGAAAGAUUUCAGCCCCAGACCAGUAUAUGCCAUACUUUGUGCUGGACAUCUUUCAAGACCACCCUGGCUUUCCCGGUAUUUUCCUGGCGUCUGCAUACAGUGGUACCCUGAGUACCGCUUCCACCAGCAUAAACGCCAUGGCAGCCGUUACCAUGGAGGAUUUAUUUAAGCCACAUCUGGCCAACAUGUCGCAGAAGAGGUUGAUUUUAAUCUCCAGAGGACUUUCUUUCAUGUAUGGGGGUGGAUGUAUUACCGUGGCUGCUCUUUUGUCUUUCUUGGACUGGGGAGUUCUUCAAGGGUCCUUCACGGUCAUGGGAGUGGUUAGUGGCCCGCUCCUUGGGGCUUUCAUCCUUGGGAUAUUUGUUCCAGCUACCAACAGGCCGGGUGUGUUUAGUGGUGUGGCAGUGGGUUUUUCCAUUUCCUUGUGGCUGGUCAUUGGAUCAAUCCUCCAUCCUCCCAGUCUGAAGACCAUGGGAGUGCUGCCCACCUAUACAGAUCAAUGUCCAACAAGGAACAUCACAGUCAACAUCACCCUCAACAUGGACCCCAUUUCCACCUCCACAGUGUCUUCCCUAGAACUGCAUGGACUGACAGGUCUGGAAAACUUUUAUUCAAUUUCCUACCUCUACUUCGGUGCUGUCGGGACAUUGUCUGCGGUGUUGGUUGGACUAGCUGUGAGUUAUGCAACAGGACCUACCGAGAGAAAUACCAUUAGCCCUGGCUUGCUCUGGUGGGACCUACAACAGAAAACCUUGAACUCUCAGAUGGAGAAUCCACAGAUAAUGCCUCUUAACUACAUGCACAAUGAAGAUGUUGAUCAAAAAGAGACCCUGAGCUCUACACUAAAAUCAAACUUACCUCACUGUUCCCCAACAAAGUAUAGAGAGCUUUGAAAGAGGAGUAGACAUACAGCAUAUUGAAAAGGACAGAAAUGGUCUUCCUGACACACAGCAGUUUAAUUUAGGUUCUUUAUCACCUUGCACAUUACAUGCAAUGAUCUGAAAUAGCCAACAAGUGUUUAUACAAUGGGGAGAACAAGUAUUUGAU